AUGACAGCUCCUUGUUUAUCAAACACCCAAGGAAACAGAUCUUCAUUUGAUAAAGCUGUGUGUCCUUUAGAUUUUAUAUCAGAUGAUUCAACAGCCGAUAAGACCAUUUCUCUGUUGUCCUUUUCUUUUCCUUUAGAUACUUUACCAUUGCUUUCACUGGCACCAGAACCCUUCCCUUCCCCAGCCUCUUUCCCACCAAUUUUCCAACUAAAUGAGUAUCCACCUCCACCUCCUUUUCGUCCUCCUUCCUUACCUUGUCCUCCACCUCCCUCUCUUCCCCCUCCUCCUCCCUCCUUACCACCACCAACGUUUUCACUAACUCCCACUCCUCCACCUGCAUCUAUGCUAAUACCUGCUCCUCCACCACCAGCUGUUUCUGCAGUACCUUCUCCUCCAGCUGCUUCUCCACCACCUACUUUUAAACUUGCUGCUCCUCCACCACCUCCUACUCCACCAGCUGCUCCACCACCAGCAGCAUUCCCUCCGCCAGCCCCCCCUCCACUAGCUCCUCUACCAGCUUCUCUACCAGCUCCUCCACCAGCUUCUCCACCAGCUGCUCCCACACCACCUGCUGCACCAGCUCCUCUACCAGCUCCACCACCAGCUGCCCCUCCACCAGCUGCCCCUCCACCAGCUGCCCCUCCUCCAGCCCUCCCUCCACCAGCUCCUCCACCAGCUGCUCCCCCACCACCUGCUGCACCAGCUCCUCCUCCACCCCCUCCUCCACCAGCCUCACCACCAGCUGCCCCUUUACCAGCUGCCCCUCCUCCAGCUGCCCCUCCACCAGCCGCCCCUCCAACAGCUGCCCCUCCACCAGCCGCCCCUCCACCAGCUGCCCCUCCACCAGCUGCCCCUCCACCAGCUUCCCCUCCACCAGCUGCCCCUCCACCAGCUCCUCCUCCACCAGCUGCCCCUCCUCCAGCUCCUCCAGCUCCUCCAGCAACCGUUUCUCCUUCAACACCCCCUCCACCACCAGCUGCU